GCAAUUAAAGUGGCAACAAGUAGGCCAUAAGGUUUUUAAAUAUGGAGGUGUGGGCAUGUAGCCCCCUUUUGCACCCUUUCAUUACCAGGAUGUAUUAAUAUUAAGCCAUCCAGCGAUCGUAACUUGUUGAUUAUUUUAUUCGGGUCCAGAAACACCUUCGUAGCGCGCAAGGAUUUCCUUUUUCCUGUGAGAUGAAGAGCUACAUCAGUGUAUUCCUUGUUAUAUUUCUUAUGGACAUGGUGCAUCACAAUAAAGCUGUACCUAAGCAAUGUACACAAACAGUAAGUGUAAUGGAAAGCAAGUUGUUGACAAAAAUGACUGCAAAAGUCAUCAACUACAAGCCCUCUUGCUCUGGUUGGACAAGGUUAUGGUUUCCUAGCAGGUGUAGCACAAAAUACAGAAUUGAAUAUAGCACUGAAACUUAUACUACAUAUCAAACUGCUUACCAAACUAAGAUGAUAUGUUGUCCAGGGACUAAGGAAAAGAAUGGUGAAUGUCAAGGCUGCCCUGAAGGAAGAUAUGGUGAUGGAUGUAUGGGUAAAUGUAAGUGCCAUGCCAACCAGUUGUGUAACCAAACUGAGGGAGACUGCACCUGUAAACCUGGAUGGAUAGGAAGGAACUGUACACAGACAUGCCCUGAUGGUUUCUAUGGUGAGCAUUGUAAAGAGAGUUGCUUGUGUCAGAACAAUGCCACGUGUGAUCCAGCAGACGGCAGCUGCAAGUGUCAGCCUGGCUGGAUAGGAACUGUGUGCGAUAAAGGUGCAGUUCUUAGUAACAUUUUAUUUAAACUGUUUUAUUUUUGA